AUGUGUUUAGCUCAAAUAAUUCUUCUUUCAGCAGUCCCAGUGUUUAAAAGUACAAAGCACGUAACCGUAACAGAAAAGACAAACAAACUCAUCAGUCAAGCCACACAGCUUGCUUACAGGAGUGUCAUAUGUGGAGAAAUGCCUUGUUUCCAAUGCCUAUCUGCCCGUAUUGACAUAAUGUUUUUUUUAUAG